AUGGCCUCAUUUCAGGCCAACCGUCGUACACCUAAGGCGGAUCCUGUCAAAGACAAUUUCACCGCGCCAUAUCUUUAUACCACAAUCAGCGCCUCAGAGCUUGAGACUGUCCGCGUGGCCAUUACUGCUGGCUGGAAGACCCUGUAUGACCAGGGUGGCUCAAAGCUGGCAUCGAGUAUGCUGAUGGCCAUCCUAAUCUUGAUGUGUGGCCACGGAUCGCCUGUCUGA